UUAUUUUAUUCAUUGUUUUUGCUGUUGUGUCUAACUCAUCAUUCUUCAUUAUUUUCAUGUUCUUCAUCUCUGUAAAAUCUUGUCAUUUCCAGGUCCUGCUGAACGAUUGAUUGUUUUCUCAAACCAGUGCUGAUCAGAGGAGCGAGGAAAGGACUCUCUCUCUAAGAUGAGUCUCUCAGAGAAACACAGUGUAAGAUCAGGAUCACAUGUUUCCAGCUCUGUGUCUCUGAAGAGUGAUCGGUCAAAAGAUGAUGGACCAUUCUUCAGUGGGGAAAAACCAUCAUCUAAUAAAAGUGUAAGAUCAGGAUCACAUGUGUCCAGCUCUGUGUCUCUGAAGAGAGACCGAUCAAAACAAGAAGGAACAGACUUCAGUGGGGAAAAACCAUCAUCUAAUAAAAGGUUUCGAUAUGAGACAUUAGACUCAGACUUUCAGACUCACAGGAACCACAAGAACUUCAAAGACAAUCUCCUGAGAAUCUUCCAGGAUCUUGAGAGCAAAAUAAUUACAUUUCUGAAGGAAGAGCUGAAAAAGUUUAAGAAAAUAUUACAAAAUGAGAACACACAAAACUUUGUGAAGGACUUUAAUGAGAAUAAAUGCAGUAUCAAAACAGCAGCUCUUGAUCUCACACUACAUUACCUGAGAGAGAUGAAGCAAGAUGAAGCUGCUGAUGCUCUAGAAGAUGAGCUGUUCUUCAUUCAUCAGCUAAAAUGUGGCCUAAAGAAGAAGUAUCAAUGUGUGUUUGAAGGAAUUGCGAAGCAUGGUGACUCCAUACUUCUGAAUAACAUCUACACAGAUCUCUAUAUCACUCAGGGUGGCAGUGAACAGGUCAAUACUGAACAUGAGGUCAGACAGAUUGAAGUUACUUCCAGGCGUCAUGAAUCUCAAGAGAUCCAGGUUAAAUGCACAAAUUUGUUUGAAGCUCCUGAACAAGACGAGGAGAUCCGAACUGUGCUGACAAAAGGAGUCGCUGGCAUCGGAAAAUCAGUCUCUGUGCAAAAGUUUGUUCUGGACUGGGCUGAAGGAAAAGAAAAUCAAGAUAUCAGUUUCAUAUUUCCUCUUCCAUUCAGAGAGAUGAACUUAAAGGAGAAAGAAAAACUAAGUUUGAUGGACCUUAUAAGUCAUUUUUUCCCAGAAACAAAAGGUCUGAACCUUACAAGAAGGAAUCGAUUAAAAGUCCUGUUCAUCCUUGAUGGAUUGGACGAAUGUCGCCUUCCUCUGAAGUUUGAUUGUAAUGAGAUGUGGAGUGAUGUAUCGUCACCAGCCUCUCUGGAUGUUCUCCUUACGAACCUCAUGAAGGGAAAUCUGCUUCCUUCUGCUCUCAUCUGGAUCACCACCAGACCAGCAGCUGCCAGUAAGAUUCCUCCUGACUGUAUCGACCGGCUGACAGAGAUACGAGGAUUCAAUGAAGCACAAAAGGAAGAGUACUUCAAAAAAAGAUUCACGGAUCAGAAUCAGGCCAUCACAAUCAUUGAUCAUGUUAAAAAAUCAAAGAGUCUCUUUAUCAUGUGCCACAUCCCAGUCUUCUGCUGGAUUUCAGCCACUGUUCUCCAGAACAUUCUGGAGGAGAAAAGAAAUACUGAUGUGAAAAACAAUCAGGCUGAUGAGAUCUCUAAAACACUACAGGAAUCAAAUACUGAAGACACUCCCAAGACUCUGACACAAAUGUACACACACUUUCUCCGCUUCCAGAUCCAGCAGAGCCGCCGAAAAUAUGAUGGAGAAUAUGCAGCAGAUGUUUCCUGGGAUAAAGACACCAUCCUUUCACUAGGGAAACUGGCAUUUCAUCAGCUGGAGAGAAACAAUGUGAUCUUCUAUGACACAGACCUGGAAGCCUGUGGUAUUGAUGUAUAUAAGGCAUCAGUGUACUCAGGCAUGUGUACCCAGAUCUUUAAGGAGGAAACAGGGAUCAUUCUUGGUACCAUGUACUGCUUUGUUCACUUGAGCAUUCAAGAGUUUAUUGCAGCCCUUUAUGCACAUCUGUUUCUAGACAUCAACAAGAAAAGUGUGUUUCUUCAUGAGUCUACAGAACAGGAAUACAAAAAUGAAACCAUGAUUGAUUUACUCAAGACUGCAGUGGACGAGGCGCUCGAGAGUGACAAUGGACACCUGGACCUUUUCCUUCGCUUCCUCCUCGGUCUGUCAGUCCAGUCCAAUCGACGACUCUUACGGGGUCUGUUGACACAGCAAGACAGCAAUGACCAGAGCAACAAGGAAAUAGUUCAGUACAUCAAGCAGAAAUUAGAAGGUAAUCUGUCUGCAGAGAGAUCCAUCAAUCUGUUCUACUGUCUGAAUGAACUGAAUGACCAAACACUGGUGAAGGAGAUUCAGACCCACCUUAGCAAAGGAAGUCUCUCAUAUGGUGACCUUUCACCUGCCCAGUGGUCUGCUUUGGUCUUUGUGUUGUUGACAUCAGAGGAAGAGCUGGAGGAGUUUGAGCUUCAGAAAUUCAAGAAAUCAGACGAGUGUCUCAUUAGAUUAUCGGCAGUCAUCAAAACCUCCAGAAGAGUUCUGUUAAAUGAUUGUAACUUAACAGACAAAAGCUGUUCAGUUCUGGCUGCAGUUCUUGAAUCAGAUUCAAAUGUGAAAGAGCUGAACAUGAACAAUAAUAAUCUGCAGGAUUCAGGAGUGAAGCUUCUCUGCACUGGACUGAAGAAUUUGAAGUGUAAAUUGGAGAUAUUGAGACUCUCUAACUGCAGUGUAACAGAAGAAGGUUAUAAAGCUCUGGCUUCAGCUCUGAGAUCAAACCCUUCACACCUGAUAGAGCUGGAUUUCACAGGAAAUGAUCCUGGACAAUCAGGAGUGAAGGAGCUCAGUGAUUUACUACAGGAUCCAAACUGUCAACUGAAGACACUGAGGUUUUUGAGUGCUGCUGCAGAUGAAGCCUGUCAGUAUGUGAACAGAGUUGUGGGUAAAAACCUGUUACUCCUGAGAGAGCUGAAUCUGAUUGAACAUGAACUAGGAGACACACGAGUGAAUCAGUUCGCUGCUCUACUGCAGGAUAAACACUGUCAACUCAACACACUGAUUCUGAGUGACUGCAGUAUUACAGAGAAACAGUGUGUCAUCCUGACUUCAGCUCUGAAAUCAAACCUGUCACACCUGAGAGAGCUGGACCUGAGCUGGAAUAAAAUAGGAAACACAGGAGUGAAGCACCUAUGUGACGUACUGAAGGAUUCAUACUGUAAACUGGAGAGAUUGAGACUCUCUAACUGCAGUGUAACAGAAGAAGGUUAUAAAGCUCUGGCUUCAGCUCUGAGAUCAAACCCUUCACACCUGAUAGAGCUGGAUCUCACAGGAAAUGAUCCUGGACAAUCAGGAGUGAAGGAGCUCAGUGAUUUACUACAGGAUCCAAACUGUCAACUGAAGACACUGAGACUCUCUAACUGCAGUGUAACAGAAGAAGGUUGUAAAGCUCUGGCUUCAGCUCUGAGAUCAAACCCUUCACACCUGAUAGAGCUGGAUCUCACAGGAAAUGAUCCUGGACAAUCAGGAGUGAAGGAGCUCAGUGAUUUACUACAUGAUCCAAACUGUCAACUGAAGAAACUGAGUCUGAGUAGAUGCAGUAUUACAGAGAAACAGUGUGUCAUCCUGACUUCAGCUCUGAAAUCAAACCCGUCACACCUGAGAGAGCUGAACCUGAGCGGGAAUAACAUAGGAAACACAGGAGUGAACCACUUAUGUGACAUACUGAAGGAUUCACACUGUAAACUGGAGAGAUUGAGGUUAAGCUUCUGUUAUAUGACAGAUGAAGGUUGUUCUGCUCUGACUUCAGCUCUGAAAUCAAACCCGUCACACCUGAGAGAGCUGAACCUGAGCUGGAAUAAACUAGGAGACUCUGGAGUGAAAAACCUCAGUGAUCUACUAAUAAACCCACAAUUCAAGCUGGAGGAACUGGAUCUGUAUGGAUGCAGUAUUACAGAGGAACAGUGUGUCAUCCUGACUUCAGCACUGAAAUCAAACCCCUCACACCUGAGAGAGCUGAACCUGAGCUGGAAUAAUCUAGGAGACUCUGGAGUGAAAAACCUCAGUGAUCUACUGAUGAACCCACAAUUCAAGCUGAAGAAACAACAUCUGUAUGGAUGCAGAAUUACAGAGAAACAGUGUGUCAUCCUGACUUCAGCUCUGAAAUCAAACUCGUCACACCUGAGAGAGCUGAACCUCAGUGGGAAUAAAAUAGAAAACACAGGAGUGAAGCACUUAUGUGACGUACUGAAGGAUUCACACUGUAAACUGGAGAGAUUGAGACUCUCUAACUGCAGUGUAACAGAAGAAGGUUAUAAAGCUCUGGCUUCAGCUCUGAGAUCAAACCCUUCACACCUGAUAGAGCUGGAUCUCACAGAAAAUGAUCCUGGACAAUCAGGAGUGAAGGAGUUCAGUGGUUUACUAGAGGAUUCAAACUGUCAGCUGAAGACACUGAGGUUUUUGAGUGCUGCUGCAGAUGAAGCCUGUCAGUAUGUGGAGAGAGUUGUGGGUGAAAACCCGUUACUCCUGAGAGAGCUGAAUCUGAGUGAACGUGAACUAAGAGACACAGGAGUGAAUCAGAUCGCUGCUCUACUGCAGGAUAAACACUGUCUACUCAACACACUGACUCUGUAUGGAUGCAGUAUUACAGAGAAACAGAGUGUCAUCCUGACUUCAGCUCUGAAAUCAAACCCGUCACACCUGAGAGAGCUGGACCUGAGCUGGAAUAAACUAGGAGACUCUGGAAUGAAAAACCUCAGUGAUCUACUGAUGAACCCACAAUUCAAGCUGGAGAAACUACAUCUGAGUGACUGCAGUUUUACAGAGAAACAGUGUGUCAUCCUGACUUCAGCUCUGAAAUCAAACCCAUCACACCUGAGAGAGCUGAACCUGAGCUGGAAUAAACUAGGAGACUCUGGAGUGAAAAACCUCAGUGAUCUACUGAUGAACCCACAAUUCAAGCUGGAGAAACUAUCAUUAUCAUCACCACCAGUUUGCAUGCAUCUGAGUAUUUGCAGUAUUACAGAGGAACAGUGUGUCAUCCUGACUUCAGCUCUGAAAUCAAACCCGUCACACCUGAGAGAGCUGGACCUGAGCGGGAAUAAACUAGGAGUGAAAAACCUCAGUGAUCUACUGAUGAACCCACAAUUCAAGCUGGAGAAACUGGAACUGAGUGAAUGCUGGAUUACAGAGAAACAGUGUGUCAUCCUGACUUCAGCUCUGAAAUCAAACCCGUCACACCUGAGAGAGCUGGACCUCAGUGAGAAUAAAAUAGAAAACACAGGAGUGAAGCACCUAUGUGACAUACUGAAGGAUUCACACUGUAAACUGGAGAUAUUGAGACUCUCUAACUGCAGUGUAACAGAAGAAGGAUAUAAAGCUCUGGCUUCAGCUCUGAGAUCAAACCCUUCACACCUGAUAGAGCUGGAUCUCACAGGAAAUGAUCCUGGACAAUCAGGAGUGAAGGAGCUUAGUGAUUUGCUACAUGAUCCAAACUGUCAACUGAAGACACUGAGGUUUUUGACUGCUGCUGCAGAUGAAGCCUGUCAGUAUGUGGAGAGAGUUGUGGGUAAAAACCCAUUACUCCAGAGAGAGCUGAAUCUGAGUGAACAUGAACUAGGAGACACAGGAGUGAAUCAGAUCGCUGCUCUACUGCAGGAUAAAUACUGUCAACUCAACAAACUGAUUCUGAGUAUUUGCAGUAUUACAGAGAAACAGUGCGUCAUCCUGACUUCAGCUCUGAAAUCAAACCCGUCACAUCUGAGAGAGCUGAACCUGAGCAGGAAUAAUCUAGGAGACUCUGGAGUGAAAAACCUCAGUGAUCUACUGAUGAACCCACAAUUCAAGCUGGAGAAACUGGAACUCUCUAACUGCAGUGUAACAGAAGAAGGUUAUAAAGCUCUGGCUUCAGCUCUGAGAUCAAACCCUUCACACCUGAUAGAGCUGGAUCUUACAGGAAAUGUUCCUGAACAAUCAGGAGUGAAGGAGCUCAGUGAUUUACUAGAGGAUCCAAACUGUCAACUGAAGACACUGAGGUUUUUGAGUGCUGCUGCAGAUGAAGCCUGUCAGUAUGUGGAGAGAGUUGUGGGUAAAAACCCCUUACUCCAGAGAGAGCUGAAUCUGAGUGAACAUGAACUAGGCGACACAGGAGUGAAUCAGAUCGCUGUUCUACUGCAGGAUAAACACUGUCGACUCAACACACUGACUCUGAGUGAAUGCAGUAUUACAGAGGAACAGUGUGUCAUCCUGACUUCAGCUCUGAAAUCAAACCCGUCACACCUGAGAGAGCUGAACCUGAGCUGGAAUACACUAGGAGACUCUGGAGUGAAAAACCUCAGUGGUCUACUGAUGAACCCACAAUUCAAGCUGGACAAACUACAUCUGAUUGGAUGCAGUAUUACAGAGAAACAGAGUGUCAUCCUGACUUCAGCUCUGAAAUCAAACCCAUCACACCUGAGAGAGCUUGACCUGAGCGAGAAUAAACUAAGAGACUCUGGAGUGAAAAACCUCAGUGAUCUACUGAUGAACCCACAAUUCAAGCUGGAGAAACUACAUCUGAGUGAAUGCAGAAUUACAGAGAAACAGUGUGUCAUCCUGACUUCAGCUCUGAAAUCAAACCCGUCACACCUGAGAGAGCUGGACCUCAGUGAGAAUAAAAUAGAAAACACAGGAUUGAAGCACCUAUGUGACAUACUGAAGGAUUCACACUGUAAACUGGAGAGAUUGAGACUCUCUAACUGCAGUGUAACAGAAGAAGGUUAUAAAGCUCUGGCUUCAGCUCUGAGAUCAAACCCUUCACACCUGAUAGAGCUGGAUCUCACAGGAAAUGAUCCUGGACAAUCAGGAGUGAAGGAGCUCAGUGAUUUACUACAGGAUCCAAACUGUCAACUGAAGACACUGAGUCUGAGUGGAUGCAGUAUUACAGAGAAACAGUGUGUCAUCCUGACUUCAGCUCUGAAAUCAAACCCGUCACACCUGAGAGAGCUGAACCUGAGCUGGAAUAAACUAGGAGACUCUGGAGUGAAAAACCUCAGUGAUCUACUGAUGAACCCACAAUUCAAGCUGGACAAACUACAUCUGAGUGAAUGCAGUAUUACAGAGGAACAGUGUGUCAUCCUGACUUCAGCUCUGAAAUCAAACCCGUCACACCUGAGAGAGCUGGACCUGAGCAGGAAUGAACUAGGAGACUCUGGAGUGAGAAACCUCAGUGAUCUAUUGAUGAACCCACAAUUCAUGCUGGAGAAACUACAUCUAUAUAACUGUGGCAUUACAGAUGUUUCUUCUUUAACUCAGUCUUUGACUAACUCAAAAGCACUGCGGUUUUUAAAAGAUCUUGAUCUGAGACACAAUAUGAUCAGAGACUCAAAGCAGCGGCUCAGUGACGUGCUACGAUACUCAAACUGUAAACUGAGAGUAGAUAAAGAUCAAUCGCCAGAAGUCUCUAAAAUUAAAUCACCAAACAUCCCUGAUAGAGUUCAGUUGCAAGAAGUCUCUAUACAAGUUAAAUCUUCAAAAGUCUCUAAACGAGUUAAAUCUUCAAACACCUCUGAUGAAUGCUCUAUAUCAUAG